AUGUUCAUUAGUUUUAACAAUUUAUCAUCAUUUAUAUUACUAAUUUUAAAUUAUUGCAUAUUAAUAAAUUCACAAUCAAUAUCUUAUAAUGAACAACAACAAUCAGAUUUAUUAACAAAAUUAGUAUCAGAUAUAAAAACAAAUCAACAACAAUAUAUACAAUUUUUUCAAACUGCAAAUAAUGUACCUAUACCAUUAAAUUUAAUAGGUAGUUUAAAUCAAAUAACUACAUAUACUGAUGAUUCAUAUAUUGGUAGUCUAUUAACUAAUUCUGAUAUUUUAUCUCAAGUUGAUAAUAUUGCAACUCAAUUACCUUGGUAUAAUGAUAGAUUAGCUGAUAGUAAUAUUCCAUCUUUAAUUACUUCUUCAACUACAAUUGAUUCAAGUUCAAGUUCAUCUAAUACUAGUAAAAAAUCACUGGGAUUAGGUAAUAGACAUUUUAAUAUUUUUGAUUCUUUUUCUAUAAGUUUAAUUUAUGGAUUAUUAUUAUCAAUAUAA